AUGAACAAAGCUCCAAAACGUGUAAUUCUACAAAAAGAUCCGAAUGGUCCUCCAGUUCUCAAGCCCGAACAACCACCCUUGGUAAGUAUUUUGGUUUUAAACAUUUGAAAGAAAUGUUUUUUUGAUUCUUUUAAAUUUAUAAGGCUCUAGGCUCUUUUCUAUUUCAUGGGACCUUGGUAAUUCAAUUUUAUCAGUUCUAAAUUUUCAGACGCAAAAAACUUUUUCUAUCUUGCCUCCGCCUCAUUCGGUAGGUCUAACUCUCUUCAUCAUCAUUGUUGUUCGGAAGUAAGUAUCUAAAAUUUUGUAUUUUUGCAGAAACGAUUCACAUAUGCCGAUUCAAACAUUCCAAGUAGUAGUAACAAUUCAAGAAUAUAUGUAAAUGUUGGUAAAUCUGGUUCAAAUAAGGCAUCGACCAGCCAGAUUAAUCAAAGAGAUAUGCGUGAGUUUUUUCCGGAUAACUUCUUGCAGAAAAAUAAAAAUGUCGGAUAUUUUAGAACUUCUUCUCUCUGUUUAUCAAAGAAAUGGAAAAUCAAGUAUUCGUACAGUUUCUGAAGCUGCAAGAGUUAAUGGUCUUCAAACUGUCGCGCAUACUGUAAGUUUAAUGUUUUUUUCUUAAUCUUCACAUUAGAUAUUUUCAGUCUGGAGCAAAGUUCGCAGUUCCUCUAACUUGCCAGGCUCAUCCAAUUCGUCUAACAGAUCGAAUUCCCGAUGAGAGCAAUGAUAUUGUAAAUCGUGAGUUCUUUAUUUUUUUUUGUUGAAAAAAAUCAUUGGUUCCCGAAUUUUUUUUUCAGAAAAUGAAGCUUUACCAUAUUGCCGUUAUUGUCAUUCAGUCAUCAAAACUUGGCAAGGAUAUGAAUAUCACGUUCUUCAAGCACAUAUUAAGUUAGUUUAUCUUGAAAAAUAAUAUUGAUUGGAAUAUUUGAAGGUAUCGCGCAUUUCGAUGUAUUCAAUGUCCACGCGAGUCAUUUUUCACUGAAGAAGAAGGUCGUUUUCAUAUAAGUGUUCAUCAUCCGGAUUGUCAAGUUGCGGUAAGUUGAGAAUUUUAAUUUCAUAUCAUAAAAAUACAUUUUUUUUCAGCUGGUUAAAGAUUUCGAUCAAGUAAAAGAGGAAAUGGCAAAUGAAUUUUUCAAAAAACCUUUAAUGAUGAUGAGAGACGGUGUAUGUUUCUAAAAAUACUAUUUUUCUUCUUCUUAUUUCCACAUAUUUCAGCCUUCUGUUACAACUACAAAAAUCAAAAGCAUCCAAAGAAAAGCUGCGCUGGAAGUUAUGAAAUUUCAUAGGCUACGAUUCAAAGAGCCAAUUGUGGUGGUUAGAAAAGGGUGAGUUAGAUUGUCCUCAAUUUUUUUUCGUCGAAAUAUAUGCUAAAUUUUUUUUUCAGAUUAAAAGUUGAUAAGAACACCCAAACUGCGGGUGGAGAAGUUGCAAAACCUAUUCGAAGAUAUCAAAAUAUUAUUGCACAUAAUCCGUAUGAUGUUGUGAGAUAUGCUGAAACGGUUGGUUAUUUUUUGAGUUUCCCGAUAUAAAUCUUGUUUUUUCAGCAACGCCGAACAAUGAAUCGGGCGGAUUAUGCUAAAUAUUGGAACUUCAAAUCUUGA